UUGCGUUCAAACUUGAUAAAGGCGGAUUCAUUUCGGUCCUGGAUGUCUAAACUACCAGGAAAUGCAGGUGCCUCGCUGCUCGGGGACAAGUCCUUGGACUUCUACCGGGACCCGGUGAUCUUUUGUCAGCAGCUGAUUGAAAAAUACCACAGCCGUGUGUUCCUCUGCCGCUUGCUGAACAGACCGACUGUGUUUAUCUGCUCUGUGGAGGGGAUGCGAGAGCUGCUCUGUGAGAAAUCCACCAUAUUUCUAAAGGACCCCACGGAUUUAAUGACAAACAUUUAUGGAGACACUGUGGUCACCACUAACGGUGAGGAGGCUUGCCUCCUCCGUCUGUCUCUCAACAGCCUGUUUUCAGGAACUAGUUUGAAAUCCUCAGCGGACUACAUCUCCAGUGUUUGUGAACGUUCCUUAAAGGACCUCUCCAUCAGUGGGCAGCCACAGUGUAUUUACUCCGUCUUUAAGCGACUGGGGACGGAGUUGGUGUUGGGUCUUUUCCUAAACGUACGAGUCGAGGAGCAGCCUGAAGUUUUCCAGGAAAUCAUGCAGCUCUGCACAGAACACUGGCAUGGUUUGAUCUCAGCUCCAGUAAAAGUGAAGGUUCCUCUGUGGACGUCUGGUUUUGCCAAGGCUCUGGACGCCAGGAGCAAACUGAUGGAAAUCAUCAAAGACAAAUUAGAAAAUGAUAAGCAGGGGUUUGUCGGCUCCCUGGCUUCUUUACCGUUUCCCAAUUCUGGUUCCGCUGCCCAACAUCUCCUCCUGUUCAUCUCAGCACUAAUUCCCAAAGCUCUUGCAUCGCUGCUCACCUCCUUCACUCUGGCUCUUGGAGGACCUGAGCAGAGGGAUUCCCGACGAGAAGCCCUCCAUGACCCUGAUCACCUUCAAAGAAUCCUCCUGGAGGUGCAGAGGUUAUGGCCGCCCUUCAUUGGUGGACGGAGAAUAGCAGAAAAGGAUUCCACCCUUUCAGACUUCUGUGUUCCUAAAGAUUAUGGUGCAGUUUAUAUCAGCUACUUCAUCCACCGUGACCCAGAGGUUUUCCAGCAACCUGACAGCUUCCUGCCGGAAAGAUGGAGUGGAAGGAAUGCAGGCCAAGAGCAUUUGCUGUGUUCAUUUGGCAAUGGAACCAGAAGCUGCAUUGGUUCUAAUCUUACUGAUAUCUUCCUCAAGGAAGCUUGCAGAUACCUCUUAAAGAACUACGACUGGUAUUUGGACCCUACAUCACAGGAUCUUGAUUACAAAUGGCUGCCUGUGUCCCGUCCCACCAACCUGCCCAGCCUGUCCUUCACCCGCUUGGAUCAGACCAUAUCAGACUGAGAUGCCACCAGGGAGAUGCAGCCUCUGGCUGUAAACCAUGUAUGUCUAACACACAAGCAGAAUCUCUGAAGAUUCAAGGAGGGAAGCCUGCAAACUGCAAGGCUUUCCCCCCUCUGUGCAUAACCCUGUAAUCAUGCCAGGAAAAGCCAUGGGGGCGCUGGUUUCACUUUAUCUGUUCCACUGCCAGAUAUUCUGCAGCUUUCCUUGAUUGCUCUGCAAAGAAACGCAGGACAGAUGAGUCAUUCUUCUCUUACUGAAUCUGAAACAGGGACUUAAAAAUGUUAUAGUAUUUCUUUAUUGUUUAAAAUUUCAUAGGAUUGAAAAACAGAUUUACAUGAAAUUCUUAUUUUCAAAACGUCGUUGUGACUCAUUUCCAGCUCAGUUUGCAAUAAGUCUUGAUUUUUCAGUGUGGAGGAGUGCGUGUCUGAAAUAGAAACUGUUGCAUUAGUAUUCAUGUCACUUCAUUCCAGAGGAUCACACGUCACGUGCACACAUGGGAACAUGGGUAAACCCUCAGAUUCCAUCACUGACUGCAAACCUGUACCCCCAUCCUACCCCCACCCCACCUAGCAACCAUUACUGCUUAGCAACAGUUCGUCAUACCGACCCUUUCUUACCUCCUUUUAGUUUGCAUAGCUUACACAAACAUAAACACUCACACUAUUCUUCAUUUUUCACAUUUUAAACGGCUUACAUGCAAAAUCCUCUAAAAUGUAAGAAGAUUUCUUGUUUUUUUUGUGCUUUUAAGCUAAUUUGAAAUACUUGAGAUCAAACUAACUUAAGUAUAACACAAAUAUAACCGUCUACACGGAAUGUUUUAGCAUAGGGUCUUUGGGUCAUCCAAAUGAGUGUUUGUGAUUAAAUUUUUUGAAGUCUGCAGAGGUUUUGGUUUAGAAAAACAUCAUUAGAGGCCAUUUUUGCCCUACAUUUUUAAAUUCUUAAUUCAUGAACACUGACCUUGACUGAGGCAUGAAAAACCUCCAGAACUUCACAUGUAGGUCUGUUUUUUAUUGACUUCCUGGAUGAGUCAUUUAUCUACCCUUGGAGUGUUUUUAGCGAGCUGGCUAAUUCCAGAAAUGUUUGCUUCUCCUCCAUGUUUUCUUCAUUUACUGGUCCAACUGUUGUCUGUUAGAGUUUAAUCUGUUUUAUUCAUUUCUCUAGAAAUGUCCUUUUAAACUGGUUCUAUUUAAACUGACUAAGAUGUUACUAAACUCCAUCCAUAAAAACUAAUUUACCAUCCAACACCUUUGGAAAGACGUCCUACUGAGUACCCUCGUUUUUAUUUUCAUUUUUUCCCUCCAGUGACACUGACUUUCAUGUAAACCUGGAAAGUUUUUCCUUAUUUAUAGUCCAGUACCUGACCACUUUCAGAUUAUGUUUGAUAGUACCUGGCCGCUUCACACUUAGAUGACAUUUUUUGCCUAAACAAGCUACAACUUAAGGGAUGAAUCAAUAUUGUUUCAGAAAUUUUUACGCACUUUGUACGCACAGCUGCUCACAAAAUACAUUUAUGAUUAAUUUAAAUCUUAUUUAAAAGUCCAUCCCAGUUUAACAAAGAACCUUUGAUAUGCAAAGUUUUCAUAUUAAAGUGAUUUUUUUCUUGUUUAUGGCUAGUUGUUUAACUGAGGUGUUAAUAUCAACGUAUUAUUCUAAAUGUGAAAAAGAGGAGAUCAUGCUGUUUAAAAUCAGAUCUAUAUGUUUCUCAUAAGUCAGAAAUUGUCUAAAAUAAGAUAGCUACUCACCUGAAACUAUCUAAUCUAUAUCUGAUGCAACAAGUAAGUUUUAAAAUCACCAUGAACAAUAAGGAAAAUCAAAAAUUGGUUACAUUUUUACAUUAAUGUGGAAAUACUGUCGUCUUCUGGUCACCAGGUCUUCUUUACAAAGACAUACUGUUUUAAUUCUCAGAUGUUUGUUUCUAGUUGUUUUUUUUUCUAUGAUUGUUUCCAUAUUAGUUCAAUUCUGUGUUUGAAGGUUUAUUAUUAUUUUAUGUUUUUUUUUGGAUGUUUAGAUUUCUUUUCAGUUCUAGUGUGUAUUUUUGUCAGUUAUUAAUGUUUCAUGAAUGCUCUAAAAUAUUGUUUGACAGAAUAUCUUGUUCUUAGAAU